AUGUCGAAACCUAGAGUUGCUGUUAUUAUCUACUCAUUAUACCAUCAUAUUUAUACUUUAGCUGAAUCUGCCAAGAUUGGGGUGGAGUCAGCCGGUGCAAAAGCUGAUAUGUUUCAAGUUAAGGAAACCUUGUCACCCGAGAUUUUGAAAUUGGUCCAUGCUAAGCCAAAAUUGGAUUUGCCACUUGCUGAAAACUCAACAUUGACCGAUUAUGAUGCUUUCUUAUUGGGCGUGCCAACCAGGUAUGGAAACAUGCCAGCACAAUGGAAGCUGUUUUGGGAUGGCACUGGGUCAUUAUGGUCAUCGGGUGCUUUGCGAGGUAAGCAUGCUGGUGUAUUUGUUAGUACUGGAACACCAGGAGGGGGACAAGAAACAACAGUCAUCAAUACUUUGAGCACAUUGGCCCACCAUGGAAUAAUUUAUGUCCCAUUUGGUUAUGGAUUCAAGGGCCAAACAAAUUUGGAAGAGGUACAUGGAGGAUCACCUUGGGGUGCUGGUACUUUCGCUGGUGGCGAUGGACUGAGACAAGUUACUCAGUUGGAAAAAGAUUUUGCCAGGCAACAAGGGCACGAUUUUGUCAACAUGAUUACCAAGUGGAAACAAUAA